GUGCUAGUAGCAACUCUAAAAAGUAAAGAGAGAGAGAGAGAAAGAGGGGAAGAAGCUUCUUUUUCUGCAUUAACAAAACCCAACCAGCUCCCCACCAUUGCUUCCCAUCCCAGCGACCAUUUCCCUCUUCCCUCGCCCUCCUCUCCUUUCCUUUCCUUUCCCUCUGCUUACUGCUAAGGCUAACCCAUUUUCCAUCCCUCUUUUUUCCUCCCUUCCCCUUUUCUGGGUUUCCAAAAAGCUCCAUCCCCUUUUCCAGUUUCCCCUUCCAUUUCUCGAUUCCAAGGGUUUUGAAUGUCUUCUGCGCCACCGCUACCGGAACAUGAUUACAUAGGCGGCUUAUCGUCUCCUCCUCCGCCGCCGCCGCCGCUAAUGGAACCAUCUCCUGCAAAACUCGCCGCCUCUCCUUCUUCCUCCUCCUCCUCCUCCGAAGGAGACGACGACAGAAGAAGCAACAGCAUCAAGGAAACCGAGCUGAGGCUUGGCUUGCCUGGCUCGCAGUCCCCAGAGAGAAAGCAUCAAUUCCAAUCUCCUUCUUCAGGGCUGUCUCUGUUUGGCAAAGAUAUCAAAGAUGCGACGAAUCUGGUGUCAGGGGCGAAGAGAGGGUUUUCAGACGCCAUGAACGGGUCUUCUGAGAGAUGGGGUUUCUCUGUAUGCGAGAAGAAGUCUGAGGCGGUUGAUUUGGGCAAGAGAAGUGGGCCUGCCUUGAAUUCGUGUGUUUCAGGAAGCAUGAGGAAGAAGGAUGUCUGUGUUGGUGGUCAAGAGAAGGGAAAAUAUCAAGCCUCUGGAAUGAAUGGCCACAGUAGCGCUCCUGCUUCUAAGGCACAGGUGGUAGGAUGGCCGCCCAUAUCUUCAUCACGAAAGAACACCAUGGCAUCUAACUCGGCAAAGAACAAUGAAGAAGGUGAAGGGGGGAAGUUAGGAUUUGGUUGCCUCUAUGUGAAGGUCAGCUUGGAUGGUGCUCCUUAUUUGAGGAAAGUUGAUCUCAAAACCUAUACCAACUACAAGGGCCUCUCUUCUGGUCUUGAGAAGAUGUUCUGCAGCUUCACCUUUGGAAAGUCUACCUCGAAUGAGAGUCCGGGACAAGAUGGCUUAAUGAGCGAAGGCCAAUCUAGGGAUCUUGUGAAUGGAUCUGAGUACGUUCUCACGUAUGAAGAUAAGGAUGGUGAUUGGAUGCUUGUUGGUGAUGUCCCAUGGGAAAUGUUUACAGAAACCUGCAGGAGACUCCGAAUCAUGAAAGGUUCAGACGCUAUAGGACUCGUUGAUGCAGUUGCAGCUCCAAGAGAGACGGAGAAAUGCAUGUAAAUUGGACAGAAACGCAAAAGGAUGUGAAGCACAGAUUUUUCACCGAAGAAAAUUUUACGCCAGACCUGGGGAACUGUUUGUAGUCGUGAAGUGCUUUCUUUUUCGCUCUCUCGGAGUUAUGUUUUUGGAAAUAUGAAUGAAGUAUUAGUGUGUGUAGUAAGUUGUAAUGUCAUCCUACUCUUAGGAUUUUACCUUUUGACAGUGGUAACAUGAGGAGGGUUUUCUGGUGAAUGUUUGUCCUUUCAAUAGUAAUCUGAGUGGAGUGUCUUAUGUCAUUCUCUUGAUUGAUUCCUAAUCCGAUUAACCCUUGAGCUUAUAUUGAUUUAUAAGCCGAACUGAGUUGCGACUUCAUCAACAAUGCAACUUGGUCCAUUCGGGAUCCAAUAUGCUCCUGAACAAUUAAUGUGUCCGAUUGGCUGGUAACUAUAAGUUUAAUACAAUCAUA